UUAAAGCUCAGACAGUUGAAGGAAGGGAAGAAAAAAAAAGUUAAGCAAGAAGACAAUGUUGAGUCACUUCAUCUGUGGAAAUUUUCAUGAUGAAGAAGACAACGAAGAGUACUAUCCAUCUAGCAGCAGUACUUCGUCGCCAAACAGAUCACCAUCACCAAAGAAAUCAUCUGCUUCAUCAUCGUCGAAAAGAAGUAAGAUAAGUAAUUUCUGUAAUAGACAUAAAAACAAAAAGAAUGAGAAGAACCCGUAUUCAUCUCGUGGGCUAGAUAAAUUCAGUUUGCUGUUAGCUGAUCUUGAAGAUAAAAGAAUCAAGAUUUUGGAUCAAAUCGCUACUACUACUACUACUGCACAAGAUAUACCUUUAAUACGUUUCGGGUAUUCGGAUUCGAAAGGUAAUUUGGUUCCGAUUAUAAUCAGGUUGAAAAAUCAACAGCAGAAAAAACAAGAACCCGAGUUACAUAUAGAUGGUAAUGACAAAAUUGUUGAGAUUACAGAGGACAUACAAAAAAGUAAUACUGCUAAACUUGGUCCAUCACCAUUAUCGUCACCAGAGGCAGUGAAGAAGAUACAGAAGAAAAGUUUGCUAGACAAAAGUAAAAGUCAUAUAUGCAAGUACUACUUCGGAAUUGUCAUAGUGUUGAUUCUAUUAUGCUUGGCGAUUUACGGGAGAUCGUUUGCGAUAAUCUGUAUGUCAGUUUGUUGGUAUUUGAUGCCUGUUGUAGACAAAAACCUGAAUUCAAGAAUCAAGAAGAAUAAUAAUUAUACCGAUGAGGAGAAGAAAAUGGGUAUUGAUGGAUUUCCUUAUUCUUUCAACAAGAAGUACUACGCUGGAUAAUCUUCUAAGCUGUUAACUUGAUCGAAUUCAAGAUCAUUAAUUUUAUUCAAUUUUUUCUUUGUGAUGUUUUUUCUUGUUCUUUUCCUGUUUGGGUUACAGCAGGUUUGAAUUUUCAAAAUUUUGACAUGUUCAUCGUUCAUGAAUGUAAAUAGCUUGGAUUAGGUCAAGGUCAAAAGUCAAGUCAAAUGUACAUUAAGAAGAUAUGUUCUUACUAUUAGCACGCAAUAAUGUUACCAUUAUGCUAGAAAGGCAUCUGUUAAAAUUCUUA